CGAUCCGGAGGGCUGACAGUCUGCAGGGCGGCGGAAGUUCUCCGCAUCCUCAGCUCUGAAAGCACCGAGACUCCUUGCGUAGGAGGGUACCUGGCUCCAUGGUAACAAGGAAACCCCAGCUGUCAUGUCCUCCAUUUCAACGUCUGCUGCUUGUAGUGGCGGUGAGGCUGCAGCCAGGAGCUUUGAGCAGGCCCUGCUGGCUUCAGAGCGCUACGCCAGCCUCAUCCUGGCUCAGAUGAACAAGAUGCGUCUUCGUUCCGACUUCUGCGACGUCGGGCUCAAAGUCGGCGGGCAGGUCUUCAAGGUCCACCGCCUGGUUCUCGCCGCCAGCAGCCCCUACUUCUCUGCCUUAUUCUCAGGUGGGAUGAGGGAGGCGGAUAAAGACGAGGUGCAGAUCAUCGGAGUGGAAACGGAUAUCUUUGAAAUUCUGCUGGACUUUAUAUACACAGGAGCAAUCAGCGUUAACGUUGAGAACGUUCAGGAGCUGAUGGUGGCAGCGGACAUGCUGCAGCUGACCGAGGUGGUGUCAAUAUGCGGGGAGUUUCUCAAGAGCCACAUGGAUCCUUUUAACUGCGUGGGGAUCUUUCAGUUUUUGGAGCAGAUCGUCUGCGUGGAAAUGUUGGAAUUCACUGAGAAUUACAUCCACGUUCAUUUCCUGGAGGUGUGUGUCACAGAUGAGUUCAGAGGCCUGUCUAAGGAUCAGUUAGUGAGGCUUCUGAGGAGUGAAGAGCUCAGGAUUGAGGAUGAGUACCAAGUCUUCACAGCAGCCAUGGACUGGGUUGUCCACGAUGUGGCAAAGAGGAAAAAACACGUUGUGGAAGUGUUGGAGGCCGUCCGCUUCCCUCUGCUCUCCCCUCAGCGGCUCUUCAAGUACAUAGAAGGUAUUACCGACUUCAGCCUGCGGGUGGCACUGCAGACCCUGCUGAAGGAAUACACUGAGGUCCCCAAGUCUCCCAAAGAAAACAAACUCCAACCAGCAAAGAUGAGACCUAGAAGAAAAGCCAGGAAGUACCUCUACGCUAUAGGAGGCUACACUCGGCUGCAGGGCGGCCGCUGGAGCGACAGCCGGGCGCUAAGCUGCGUGGAGCGCUUUGACACAUUCAACCAGUACUGGACCACCGUGUCGUCCCUGCAUCAGGCUCGCAGCGGGCUGGGAGUGGCAGUCAUGGACGGCAUGAUCUAUGUGGUGGGAGGAGAGAAGGACUCCAUGAUUUUCGACUGCACAGAGAGAUACGACCCUGUCACAAAGCAGUGGGCUACAGUAGCAUCUCUAAACUCCCCUCGAUGUGGAGUCGGUGUCUGUCCCUGCCACGGCGCUCUAUAUGCACUCGGCGGUUGGGUUGGAUCUGAGAUCGGCAAAACCAUGGAGCGCUAUGACCCAGAGGACAAUAAGUGGGAGGUCAUCGGCAGCAUGGCAGUUCCACGCUAUUACUUUGGCUGCUGUGAGCUACAGGGAUUGAUUUAUGUGAUCGGUGGGAUCAGUGAUGAGGGAGGGGAGCUGCGCUCUGCGGAGGCUUAUGACCCCAUAUCCCGUCGUUGGAGCGCCCUGCCGGUGAUGAGCCAACGCCGGGCCUACGUAGGCGUUGCCUGCCUGAACAACUGUAUAUACGCUGUGGGAGGCUGGAACGAGGCACUGGGCGCUCUGGACACGGUGGAAAAAUACUGUCCUGAAGAGGAGAAGUGGGUGGAGGUCGCCUCGAUGUCAACGCCGCGCACAGGCGUGUCGGUGUCGGCGGUCAACGGGCUGCUGUACGCCGUGGGCGGACGCGCCGCCAGCAACGACUUCUCAGCACCAGUGACGAUGGAUUCCGUGGAGAUCUACGACCCUCACCUGGACACUUGGACUGAGGUCGGCAACAUGAUCACCAGCCGCUGCGACGGCGGGCUGGCUGUGCUCUGACAGCCCGGACUUUAAACUGUGAGCAUCGGAGCUAUCCAAACAACUGUGGUUAAAGCUGCACCUUUAAACGGAAAAAAGACUGCAGGGGUCUGAGGCAGACUGCCACCUUACAGCUAAUGUUAUUUAACAUGUCUCCAUUUUUACUGCACAGCUUGGUUCUGGAAAAAAGUGCCAAAAUUGCUUCUCUUUAUCUUCAGUGAUGUUAGAUCAUUGUUACUCAGGAUGGAGAGGAGAAUCUAACUUAUUCCACCAUCAGCCUGCUGAUCGGGAAACCUUUUCACCCUGAAAACAAAAGUUUUAUUGGUCUCUUUGAGUCAGACUUCAGGAAGUCUGGGUGUGUUUGGUUUGGAUGAAUGCAGUGCUUCUUGAGCCUGAUUGAUGGUGGAUCCAUCCGUCGGUUGUUCUUGGUGUCAGAUCCAUUUCUUACUGGAAACUUGAGCAAGUUGUUCUAUUUUCACUGGACUUUUAUUUGUACAUAUCCUGCUGUAAAUCCCGGUACCUCUUUAUCCUUAUUUAAGUUUACUUCAGUCUUCAGUGGGGUCAUUACUACGGAAGAGGAUUAGGGCCACUGG